ACAUACACCACUGCUUCUGUAGUCUGCCUUAUCGGAUCCUCCGCCAGGUUUUAUAUGCUACUAAUAUACUACUUGGGGCCAUGACAGGAGUACCCCCAAAUCCUGCUGCAGGGGCCCUCUUCAAACUGAUCUACGCAGCACUGCCCUCCUUAGGCUCAGCCCCGGGCUCUGUUCAGGCUGCUGCUGCCCGAGCGCUGGGCUGCGCUCUGGGUGUGUGACUUCCGGAGAGCCCAAUGGCGGGGAGCGAGGGGGGGGCGAUUACGACAGGCUCGAGCUCGGCACGAGCGCGGCCGGCGUGAGGAAUUGUGGUCUCCUCUCCCCGGGUCACCAGAAUCCCCACAGUCCUUGGAGAUGAGAGCGCCGGAAGAUUGUGGCCUGGCCAUCCCUUACGUCAUGAAAGUGAUUUGUGCCACAUUGCUAAUUUGGUGCAAUCCAUAACCUUCUGAUCUCCUGUGUUUGUAAUUGCUUUUCAGCUUGCAGAAUGUUUUCUCUGACAUAGUUCUUGAAUAAAGAAAUUACUAUCGCUCACCUGUAUCUAAGAAAUGAUCUUCCCCAAUGUUGUUGCUUUAACCUUUUUCUAAUUAAAAAUGCACACUUUAGGAUCCUUUCAGAACAAAGCUUUGCCAAAUCCCCUUUACAUCCAAGGAUUUUAAAAUUUAUAAAGGCUGCAUUGAAUUCAGGAUGGGUCAAGGGGCAAAAAAAGGGUAGAAGGUCACUGCAUAUUGAUUGUGGGUCAGUAGACACAUGGCAUGUAGUAUGUGUCCAAAACAUCCCUUAAAAACUGUAUUUAAAAAACAAGAUUAUCAACAUCUGAUGUGUUAUUUUGUGAUUUUACUGAAUUCCAGAAAUUUCUGGUGUCUGUGAUACUCCACAUGGGAAAAUAAACUUACAAAAUGCUGAACAGAACUAUAUAUUGUUGCUUUGUUUACAUGGAAAUAACUCAGUUGUGAUGUUAUGUUUGAUAAAUUAUCAUGAUUUUUUUACUAUUAGUUCGCAAUUAAUUGGCCCAGGUUUUUGGAUAAUUAGUUGUGCAUUCUUAUGUUUGACAUAUUAGAAUUUAUGGCAAAUUUUAAGCACUGAAGUCACCUUAGGUUGACUUUAAAAUAGCAGAAGGACCCUAGUAUACUAUUCUUUGACCCUGUUACUGGACUCUUUGUGAUAUCCUCUGUUUUCUGUUUGCAUCCCCUAUGAGCACAAUAUGCACAGUGUAUCUAAAACUGGUGAACAAGGUUAUUUCUCAUUUAAAUGAUCUAUUUCUGCAUAAAACUGUGAAAAUAAAGGUGUAUUUAAUGCUGUCAGUACCUGAAGAUGGUCCAGUGCUUAAAAAUAAUACUAAAUAGUAAAUAGAAUACUCUAAUAAUGUGGCAAUCCUAGUAUGAAAAUGUACAUGAACCCGUAGGAAAAAGAAUUUGCUUCAUUAGUAAAACUACUGCUGUUAAUUGCUGUUGCAUUUCACAACUGAACGUUUAAAGAAAGGUGUGUGCAUUACUUUGCUCAAGAAGGAAGAGGUCAGGCUGAAUUGUAAUAGUAUUUAAACACAAUCACAUAAUGGAAAUAAAUCAAAACAAAUAAAAAGGUAACUAAAAUUUUAUAUACAUUCUUUCUGAAACAAUAUAAUUAAACAUUUUCUGCAAGCCUGUAUAUUUUAACAUCAUUUUUUCAAAAAUGAAAGUAAUCUGAGAUAAAUGGGAAAAUGUCUACUAUAUAUAUUAUGAACAUUAUUUUUCUCUUUAUUUUCUACUGGGUUGAUCCUUUGGCCAGACACCUUCAGAACUGAAAUAUUCUCUCUCUCUAGGAUGUAGAUCGCAGAUUGCAGGUUACUCAAAGUGAAAAGGAACACAUUUGAUUGAUAACGUGUGUAUUCACAACUAUAUAUUGUUGCAUGCACACAUAGUUGGUAAAAUGGGCAUCCUUAGACCUUCUGUUCUGAAGAAAUGAGAGGCAAACAUCCAUCUUUUGAGUCAUGUUCAUCUUUGACUUUAAGUAAGGCUGAGGUAGUCAACAAAAUUACUAAAGAAAUAUACAUAUGUAUCUGCCUGCUCACACACACACAAGGAGAGAGUAAAUUAUUGCUUAGGUUUUAAUAUAAUUGAUAACAGACACCUUUAAUUUUUCCUGUCCAUUCUUUCGGCUAGCUUUCACAUUAAUAAUCUAAACCAUAAAUGUUGGUAGCUAUUGAUCAUAACCCCCUGUGUGCGUGCAAAUCCAGUUUAAAGUCCCCUGCCUUUAUUGUGUAUGUGUGCCCGGGUAAGGUCCUCUACCAGCUCUUUAUAGUGAUCUACCCCCAAUGUGCCUGAAGAAGAUCCCAAUAUACAGCGUGUGCUGAUGGCUAUAAGAAAGCUGCACAAAAAAUGAUGGAGAAGUUAAAGAAACAAAAGAUUCUGUGUGUGAUGUGGAGUAAGAUAUUCAAUUGAAAGUGUGUGUAUAUCUAUAAUUGUCCGUGUGUGUGUGUGUCUGUGUGCGUGUGAAAGAGAGAGAGAGAGAUUUUCGAAGACUUCUCCCUCCCCCCCACUUCAUCGUUGGCUCUGACUACAUCCAGAAGCUAAUAGCUGUACCUUUUUUGGGGAGGGAGGGGAGGUCUGGCAAAUAGCCGCUAGUAGUUUAAAACAUUUGAUAGUGCAAGUAUUAAACAAACAAAAAAGCAUGCAUUUUAAAAAUAGUUACUGAAUCACAUUACCAGACUGUCAUAUGUAGUAGGAGAGAGAGAGAGAGCGAGAGAGCGAGAGAAACAACUAAGCUACCUGGCAAAUAAAUGACUUUUUAGCCCACUUUUUUUGUAUUGUCUUCUUUAAAAGCUUUAUCUGAGGUUACCGUUUCUUUACUGUUUGACUCCACAGCCUUAACCUUAAAACAGGGGGAGGAGAAUAGUGGGGUGGGGGUGGGGGUGCGAGCAGCAUAUAAGUGCAUCAGGAGGAAUUUUUAAACGACCUUAUUGUUUCUAGCUUUAGAAAGGCUACGAGGAUUUCCUUUUAACGCCAGCAGCUGUUUUCCCUCGAAACUUUGCUUUCAGCUAGAGAAUAUAACAUGAUGUCUCUUAUGCAAGUGAGAAAGGAAAAUGUAUGCUGAUAAAUCCAGAUGCAAAGCAGAAGAAGGCUUAACUCUGUGGAUGGUAUUAGCUGUGACGAGGCAUUGUUCACUGCUGCCUCUUGGUUACGUUUAAAGGCUGAAAUAUCACGAGAUCCAUUCAAUGAUCCUUUUCUCAUUCAAGGGACAAAAUGUAAUUUGCUGUAGCUCUGGUUUCUUGGAUGGGAAUACUAUCCUUAGAUUUCAAAAGGAAGAACUAGAUGUGGUUUGUACACACAUUGAUUAAGUUGAAGAGCGGCGAUUACAUCUGUGCAGAGAGCAACAGUAGUCUAGGGGUGGCUUUUCAAAUCUCAAACCUACUGAGUUACAGACUCUCCUAAAUAGACUUCCUUAAUUCCCGGAUGCACUUCUGCAAAUUCCCAGGUCUCGCCAGAAUUCCUGCGAAAUUGGGAGGUUGUGUGCAUUCUACUUUGUAACGCAAAACUACCGAAAAAUAUUUUUUAAAAGCGAUCCUUUUAUUUAUUUCAGCUAUACCUGAUGGCGUAAUACGAGCUCCACUCACCAUAUUGCCAAUCUAUAGAGUGGAUAAUGGAACUUUUCAAUUAGAAGGGAAAAAUUGGUCCCAGAAAUAUGAGAUGUUUUCUUAAUCACACGGAUGUGUCUAAUUUUGGAUAUGCACUAAACUACUGCUAUAUAUAAGUGCUUGUGUUCUAUCCAGUUUUCAGUUGAAAACUGAUUAUGGGCGGAUAGUUAUUUUUGCAGCUUUUGACAUGCAAACCGCAAACAUCAUUUUAACGCACGAAGGAAGAGGUUUGCUAACAUUGCAACAUGUUCGAAAUCAUUUGUGCCUGACACAAGUAUUGUAAUGUUACUGCGAAGAGGUUACACCUUCAUGCUGCUUCUUCAAAAUGAUUUUUUAAAGGGUUGGUAUAAAUGGAACAUCUAAAGUCUGCAGAAGGUCUACCCAAACUGAACGUGCAGCAAACCAGAAGUGUCCUGGACCAUUGCAAUAUUCUAUAUCGUGUGCCAGCACUUCUCUGUUAUUACGUAAAGCCUCUGGAACCACCUUGGAUAUUUUAUAUUCUCUUUUCUCUACUGGAAGCAGUCAGCCCGCAAGAAUCCUGACGUGGAGUCUGGGACUCUAGGACAUUCCAGCUUGUGAUCCAGCACGGUUAAUUGUGAAAAGUGUGUACAUUUCUGGCUUAUCUAUGCUUUGUUAUGGGUCUGACGUGAGCCCACGUCCUCCUUCCCCUCCCCCAAUAUUACAGACAGCAUUUCAACUACAGACUGACAGUAUUACGGUGUUGGAAACCUAGAUAUGCAGAGCAAAAAACAAACUUAGCCAUUGACUGUAGAACGACAAUUAAAUAGAAGAGGAAAAUCAAGAGAAACUCGAAAAAUGUAAGUAUUCGCUCUCGGUUUCUAAAAGAGCCUUUCACUCUGAAGCUUGAAAAAGGGAAAUACCAGGCUAUUCUGCACAUUUUCGCUAAGCUUAAUUUUCCACACAAUGCAGAAUAAAAUAUCAGUUUAAAAUUAGUGCAUUACCAAAGUCUUUUUUCUCGAUAUGAUAACAUUUACAGUCACAUAAUGCGCAAAAUAGCAGCAUUUGUGCAAAAUAGUCUAACUAUAUAUAUAUAAUGACAAUAAAAAAGCACACAAUCCUACAUCUGUAGCUAGCGAUGAAGUCUGAGAGCUCUGAGUGUAUCUGAGCUCAGAUUGUUUAAUAGAAAGAUUUAUAUACUAACUGUAUUAUUUACUUUGGGAGGGGGCUUGGCAGUGUAAGGGUAUGCUAAUUAGUGGGAGAUUUUUUUGGGGGGGAAGGGGUGGAAUAUCAAUUUUUAUUGCAUCACCUGUCAGGAGUGUCCAAUCAGCGUUGGCUUUAGGGGAAUUAAUUGAUGAAGGUGUCUCCGGACGAGCUCACUUCACUCUGUCAUUUUAUUUGUAGCUAAAGCAGCGGCGGGAAUAGCAGCUGCAUUUCUUUCCUCUUCCUCCCUUCACAUUCCAUUAUCAUAGUUCUCCAAUGGAAAAGCAGGGAAUGAAAGGGAACAGGUACUGAUCUUCAACAGCAACUUAGAGAAACACUUUGGCAAACCUGAUUUUAAAACAAAAAUAUAGAGAGAUUGUAGUUUCACGUUUUUUUUUCUUUUCUUUUUUCUAAUUUCUUCUAAAGUUUGGCACUCCAGUGAGCAGGAAUAACAGUCUUUGUUAUUUUAUUAGCAGGAUGCCUUGAGACAAAUACAGCAUCUGGCUGAGGAUUGUGUGUGUGGCUUUUUUUCUUUCUUUCUGCAAAUGCUGGGAAUAAUUUAAUUCACGAAAUGGGAGACUUGAAGUCGGGUUUUGAAGAGGUGGAUGGCGUGAGGCUCGGCUACCUCAUCAUUAAAGGAAAGCAAAUGUUUGCACUCUCUCAGGUUUUUACAGACCUGCUUAAAAACAUCCCGAGAACUACAGUGCACAAGCGAAUGGAUCAUUUAAAAGUAAAAAAGCAUCACUGCGACCUGGAGGAGCUGAGGAAACUCAAAGCCAUCAACUCCAUCGCUUUCCAUGCAGCCAAAUGCACACUGAUAUCCAGAGAGGACGUAGAAGCUCUUUACACUUCUUGCAAAACGGAACGAGUCCUUAAGACAAAAAGGAGGAAAAUAAGCCGGGCAUUCUCAACAAAAGAUCUCCAACCGGAGCACACAUCCACCGACCCCUACUCCAGCUUUUGGAAAGAGAACAAACUCUGGCUGGGUUUGAAUGAAGCGGCUCAGCCUCUGCCAAUUAGAAGAAAAGCUUUGCGGCCCGGGGACACAGGCUUGCUACCGGCCUCUGAUCUACCUCACAUUUUUAGUAAAUACACUGGUCACAGCUACCCAGAAAUCGCUCGGUCGCCUUGCAAACCCCCAUUAAACUAUGAAACUGCCCCGAUCGUGGGCAACUAUGUCACCUUUCACUCGGAUCCCCCUUAUUUUCGGAGCGUCCUUUGCAGCAAGCACCCGGCUGCUGCUGCUGCUGCUGCUUAUUAUUACCAGUCCGCCGCCGCCACCGCGCAGACCAAGCUAGCGGCGGCGGCUGCUGCAGGGAGCCCUGUGGGUUUGACUUACAGAUACAAAAGGAAAAGACCGUGUGAGGCAGCCCCAAAGGACUGUUUAUUAAGCACCCCCAGCAGCGCCAGGCGGCUCCUGAUCGUGCCCAGGCCCUGCAAGCCCAAAGGAGCUGCAGCAGGCACGGCCGCUUGCCUGGAGAGAUUUCACCUCGUCAAUGGCUUUUGCACUUCUCCGCAGCAGCCGCAGCAACAGCAUCUGGGCAGCUUCCCCGAGAGCUACAGCAGCGACUCGGAGUCCAGCUCUUACUCCGACCAUGUGGCCAACGACUCGGACUUCGGGUCCAGCCUCUCCAGCACCAGCAACUCCGUGUCCUCGGAGGAGGAGGAGGACGACGACGAGGAGGAAGGCAGCGGCGUCUCGGACUCCAGCGAGGUCAGCUCUGAGGAGGAGGAUACGACCUCAGACUCCGACUCCAGCUCGGUUUCCAGCCAGGUCUCGGUGCAAAGCAUCCGCUUCAGGCGAACCAGUUUCUGCAACCCCCCCAGCAUGGCCCAGGCCAACUUCUUGUAUCAUUUGGCCACGGCCGCCCCCACCAAAUCGCCAGCUUUCGAGGAGGCAAGCAGGCUUCCUGACCUCAAAAGUGCUCAGUGUGGUGUCAAAUCGGAAUUGCCAGAGGAAUGGAGUCAUCAAAGCUGGGCAUCCAAAGCACCUCCAGUGUGCUGCUCCAGCAGCCUUGGAAGUUGUUUUACUGAGAUAAGGGAUGAUAGGGUAACUGAGAUCACAUUCCCACACCCUGAAUUUUCCAUUAAUGUAAAGAGUACUGACCUAACAAUUAACUGUGCUGCGAAGGGGGCCUCUUCACCUAGCCCAAAGACAAACAAUGCAUUUCCACAACAAAGAAUACUCAGAGAGGCAAGGAAAUGCCUUCAAGCAACAACUACACACUGUGCAGAUAACAAUACAAUAGCUGCUAGGUUCUUAAAUAAUGAUUCUUCACCAACAGCAGCAAAUUCCGAAGAAGAUUCCAAAAUCCCUCAUUGUACUGAAUUUGCCACGGAUUUACCCUCUUUGCAAACUGAUCGUGCUUCUACAACAGGAGCAGCUGAGCUUGAGUGCACUGAUCCAGGCAAUAAGGCAUUGCCAUUCCUGCACAAUAUUAAAAUCAAAAUAGAGGAUAGCAGUACGAAUGAAGAAUAUGAACCUGACCUUUCAAAACAUAAGCUAAAAUGUGAGUGCAAUGAUACUAAGGAUGAGUUUAACGGUGUGACUGAGAGUAAUAACCCGGACGUUUUAUUAACAGCCCAGGAAGAUUCUGCAUGCACUGAGAAAGAAACCACUUCCUUAAACACGCUGACUCAGAGUCAGGUCCUUUCAUGCACUUUAGGCACUCCAAAACCUGAGGAUGGAGAGUAUAAAUUUGGAGCGAGGGUGAGAAAAAAUUACAGGACAUUGGUUUUGGGAAAGCGACCUGUACUGCAGACUCCUCCAGUCAAACCAAAUUUGAAAUCAGCUAGAAGCCCACGUCCUACAGGUAAAAUUGAGACACAUGAAGGAACACUGGAUGAUCUUACAGUUACCAAUAGACGCAAAAGGGUAGCCAGCAAUGUAGCAUCAGCAGUGAAAAGGCCGUUUAAUUUCAUGGCAAAUUUUCCCUGUCCACCGUCACUAAUUAUUGGCAAUGAUGGGGAUUUGUUGCCAGCUUAUUCCUUAAACACCACUAAGGAUUCCCAACCACCUCACAAGGCCCAUCCUGUAUGGAAAUGGCAGUUGGGCGGUUCUGCAAUACCUCUUCCACCUAGCCACAAAUUCAGGAAAUUUAAUUAAUAAAAUAGUUUGGAAAAUACUUUCUUGAACCACCUUUACCUUUCUUUUGUUUUAAACUCGACAGGAUGGUUUAUACAAGCCCCUUAAUGUUUUACACACUUUUGGAGUUCUGUUUUAUCACAUUGUGAAGAUAGAAAUCGGAUUACUAUUUUCUUUUCCAUUACAGUUUUUAUUUGUUUGUUUGUUUGUCUGGGUAAUUUUUACAUUCCACCGAGUACUUCAGGCUAAAGACUCAACUUAAACUCAGUUAUUAUGGUAGAGCUGGGAACACUUUACUGUUUAAAAUGCUAAUAAUGCACCGGUACCCCUCAAUUCAACUGCUACAAAUACAAUGUCAAAAGGUUGAAUAAUAAUAUUAGAAUGCCAUUAAAUUUAUGCACUAGAUUUCGAAAAUGAAGUCUAACUGUUAAUUCAGUUAAGUUUGUUAAGUUACUUGGUUGCACCAGUAAGGGUUCACUAUAAUUCAAUGUGGCAGCAGUCUCUACUUUUCGGGACUUUGUUUUCCAGAGUAGGGGGCUCUUUUCCAAGAGCAGUUGCAUUUACUAAUUUUCUAUGGUUUGAAAGGGUUGGGCUGGAGUACAGUUGGAGCACUGGAAAAGCUGCCUCAUCUCAAAACUAGUAAAUAAAUAUGGAAUUCUGUUUUGGUAAAGGGUGUCUUUUUACUUGUACAGUCACUCUUUGCAAUUGGAAAGACUUUUGUUUCACUCAAAAGUCUUAAAUAAGGUUACUGUUACCCACUAAUGUGGGUUACUUCAAUUUGGUCUGAACAUGUCCCUACUAACUUGCAAAGCAACUAAAAUAUUUGUCUGUAUAGCAGUACAAUUAAUGGUCUAAACCUCUCACACUCGAUGGAGGAAAUAGCAAAGCGGUAAAUGCAACACAGAACGUGAAACGUGAAGGCCAUACGUGGAAAGAAUACACAAAUGAGAAUAUCAUGUUAUUCAUAGCUUUUUGGCACCAAAACUCAGGCAUUUAAACCUUCGUACACUUCACUGUUUUAUCCAAAUCUCUUGAAACUUGAGUUUUGCAAUACCAUCCUAUCUAUGUAGCAGGAGCAUUUUUACUGCACGUGACAUCAGAGGCAAUUAUCUAUAUUUGCACUUAAUAUUAACAGGUAGACUUCUAGAGUCUAGCCUCGGUACGACAAAGCUGGUGUAAUAUGUUGUGAUGAAUGGAAGCAGUAAAUCAAAAUUAUGAAAAGUUGCACUGUUGAAAGCAUGCUUUAGCUUUAUUUUCAAUUAAAAACACUGUUUAAAAAUUCCUGAUUUCAUACACUUCGACUUAUUGCAGAGUUGUCCUAAUUUCCUCUUCAUCUGAAAGUUUAAGGUUUUAUUUGGAGGAAAUAUGCUUCCAGAGGCUAUUUUUUGUUUUGUUUUGUUUUUAAAUAAAACUGUUAUUAACCCAGUUUAAGGCAGUCUUGAACAAUGUAAAGUUUAUAUUUUGGGAGGGAAAGAGGUUACAAAUUUAUAAUAAAAUCGUUUUAAAAGUUUGGGAUUUGAAAAGGUCAGAUUACAACUGAGCUGCUGAAUCAGCAGAGUUUGAGAUUAAAAAUUGCUGGUUACUCUUUUUGAUUUACAUUUAUUUAUACUAGAGCCUUUUCCAAUUACAUCUUAGGGAUUCCACCUCUUCAUUAAUUCCGGGAGAAUAAUUUAUCAUAAUCAAAAAAGAAAACAAAAACAACAAUGAAAAUGUUUAUUGUGUGACUCAGAGUCAACUUUCUUAUGGAAAUUCACUGACUAUUUUUUAUCCUCUACCCUCUUUGUCUCUAAAUUUCCAAGUAGACACUGGCUGCUUUUAGCUCUAUUACUAUAUGCACACCGUGGUUUUCCUCUCAUUGUAAAAGACCUCUUCUAGAAUACCUGCAGCCAAAUAUAUUUAGAAAGAGUAAACAAUUGCCUUCCAAUUGAGUCACCCUUCCCCCCCAUACACACACUUUAAGUUGCCAAUUGCAAAAGGUGCAUUGCAUACUUAACCUGCUCAGCGGAAAUUAUGGUGGUCGUUAAAAAUCUGUUUACUGGAUUAAGUUGUUCUGAAAUUAGUGUUUACAAUUCGAGUGUUUGGAACUGCAUACAUUACAGGCUUAUUUCCAGAAAUCUGUAAAUACGUACACAAUUUACUGUUCAGGAAAAUCCCCUGGCUCUUUGGGAAAACAGGGUUUGGUUGAAAAUGAUGUCCCCUUGACAAAAUCUACACAGCUUCAAUGUGCAAGCUUAAAACCUGAAAUUUCACCUUAUCUAUUAAACUGUAUAUCAUUUUAAAAGUAGCUUCCUCUGCUGACCCUGUGUACUUACAAUUAGAGACACGUUGACUUGACCCUAACUUAUAAAUAGCAAAGACGAUUUGUUUUGACUCUCUGACUAAUAUUGGGAAAAGAAACAAAGCACAAAUUCAGACCAAAUACUUUCAGUGGAGUUUAAAUCGUAAAAUAUGGCGCCCAGCUCUGAUAUUAGCUCUGUCGCCCUAUAUGAAUUAAUAGUUCCAGUUUAUGGAAGCUGGAGAAUGAACACCACCAAGCCAAAUACAUUCCUGAGUGUAUCAUUCCUGCAGACUUUUCUGCUGAAGUAUGAUGAAUAAAGGCACCAUCAAAAGGCAAGAAGUUAAAUGGCCAAUAAUUGUCACACGUGUACACCUCAGUUUAGUUUCAAGCCACAAGCAAGAACAUUUGAGUGUUACUUCUGUCAGAGUAAUCUGCCAGGUACAAUAAUUUACUGAAAAAGGUAUUAUUUCAAAUCCCUGGUAGUUUGGGAGCUGUUUCUCAUUGUGUUGUAAUAAUUCUUGCGAACACAGUUUAUGAUAAUUUUAGAUUUAAUUAUAAUAAUAAUAAAAUAAAAUUACUGUUAUAAAUAGCAACAUUUUCCCCAAUAAAGGUAAGUCUAAUACUGAGGGAAACGAGGGUUUUCUAGCCAGGGGGAUUAUGGUAUUGCUGUAAUGUUUGUAAGAAAGAGAAACUAAAGGGUAUCAGCUAUAAGACUUGACAGUUUUCCAGUUUCUUGAUGUACAAUGCAUAAAUCAAUAAAAUGAAAUAAAAUAAUAAUAAUAAAAAUAAUCAAUAAAACACACCUAGGAGAGUACUUGAACUUGUCUGGAACAUUAUUCCAGGGAUUUUGAUUCAUUUAUUGGGAAGAUUUCUGUGCCCAUAUUGAAGACAAAGGAAGUUUUGGACUAUGUCUAGUUCUCUAGAGCAUUAAAAAAGGGACCAUGUGUAUGCCUUCAGCAACCAGGUCUAUUGCCUUAAAAGAUUUACUUUCAGUUUACAAAAUUUACUUUUAAAAGUGAUUGUUCUAUAGUAUACACUUACUUUUCUACAGUGGGAUGAUCUCUUUACUGGUUUAUUUAAAACGUCACUAUGUAGCAAUAAUGCAGAAAUGGUGGUGGCUGUUGUAUGACGUUUGCUGUUCAAUCAUUCACUUGGUGAUUUUCUACAUGGUCUCUGACCUUUUUUCCUAUAUCAGAUUUAGUAGCCAAUAAAUUAAAGUUUCUGCAGAAAUAAGAACAAUGCUAUCAUGUUUUUGUUUGUUACAC